AUAUAUCUUUUAGUUAAAUAUAUUCAUAUUAAAACAACAGUUUUUUUAAAAUGGCUACAGAUUUUCAAAAGCUUCCAAGAAAACAAUUUCCUAAAACAGAACUUAGAACAGAUUCAAAAGAAAAUAAACAAUGGAAAUUAUUUCAGUUUCCUGUUAUUGUUAAAGAAUAUUCAGCCAUCAAUUGUGUUCAUUUUUCUCCUGUUGAACCUUAUAACUGCCUGGUGACAAGUUCUGCCAAGGUACAAAUUUUCGCUCCAUAUACAAAUGAAAUUAUACGAACUUCUUCUCGAUCAAAAGAAAAUGUUUAUGGUGCUCGGUUUAGAUUAGAUGGAAAGUUAAUGGUCACUGGAGGAGAGAGUGGUACUGUACAGGUAUUAGAUGUUAACAGUAGAGCUAUUCUCAGAAAUUUAAAAGGUCAUACAAAACCCACUCAUGUGUGUCAUUUUGGUCGAGAACAUAUGAAGGUAUUUUCUGCUUCUGAUGAUAAAACUGUUCGCUGUUGGGAUCUUCCCACUGAGAAAGAAACUUUUGUUGUAAAAGCCCAUAAGGAUUAUAUAAGAUCUGGAUGUAUAAACCCAACAAGCUCAGAUAUAUUCAUUAGUGGGUCCUAUGAUCACAAAAUUAAAAUGUGGGAUUUACGUUCACCUUCAGUAGCUAUGGAGAUGAAUCAUGGUGCUCCAAUUGAGUGUGUAAUAUUUCAUCAAAAUGGAAGUCUGUGCAUAUCCUCAGGUGGGAAUUAUAUAAACGUUUGGGACAUAAUCGCUGGUGGAAAACUUUAUCACCAGUUCUCAAACCAUCAAAAAACAAUAACUUCACUCUGUUUCAAUGGGGAUUACACUCGCCUAUUAUCUGGAUCUCUAGACAGGCAUGUAAAAGUAUAUGAUAUAGAAGAUUAUUCUUUGGUAGCAAAUAUUGAUUACCCAUCUCCAAUACUAGCCAUGGACAUUUCGGCUGAUAGUCAGCAUAUAGUAGUGGGUAUGUCAGAUGGUGCAAUUUCUCUACGUCACAAAAAGAAAACUUUAAUAAAUGAAAAAGUUAACAGGAAGCGGUCGUAUAAAGUUCUGCCGGGAACUUAUUUGCACCGAAUCAGAAAUCGAUCGGCAAAGCCAAAUAAGCAUGAUGUCAUUAUUCGUGACACUUUUACUAAAAAACUUUCAAAAGCUGAUCGUCAUUUACAAAAAUUUCGUUAUCAUGAAGCACUCGAUUGUGUGUUAGUCACUGGCUGUGAUAAUACAGAAUAUGUCAUCAGCGUGCUUACUGAAUUAUCAAGGAGAAAUGCAUUAAAAGUAGCCCUUAAAAAUAGAGACGCCAACUCAUUGCUCAGCAUAAUGAAAUUUUUAGUUAGAAAUAUAUCUUGUCCAUUUUACGCAAAAAUAUUGGUACCAAUUGCAGAUCUUGUUUUAACAAUGUACUCGUCAAUCGCUGGUACAAACAAAAAGUUUGAUCUUAUGUUAAAAAAGUUAAGCGCACGCAUUAAAGCCGACCUACGGACAUAUGAAGAAAUGAUGAAAUUGCUUGGAGCUAUGGAGCAAGUAUUUACAAUGAUUACACCUCAUACUGUUAAUACACCUCAUACUACGAUUAUGCCAAAUGCUAAUGAAGUCGCUUCAGAUCAAAAUGUAACUGAUGUUGAUUUUGUAAUUGAAUGAAAAAUUUAACAGCA